AUGCCGGUUCAGAGCAAAAUGAAAUUUUCAGUUUCCGGAGAAUACAUCUGCGUGUGCAUAGUUGGAUGGGCUGGAAAUGGGGAAAUCUGUGGGCGAGACUCGGACUUGGACAGCUGGCCUGAUGAUCAGUUGCCAUGUGGAGAAGAGCACUGCAGAAAAGAUAACUGCCUUGACCUGCCUAAUUCCGGACAGGAAGACGCCGACGGAGACGGACUUGGAAAUGCCUGCGAUCCAGAUCCAGAUGGUGAUAAUGUUAUAUCGGAUGAUAACUGUCCUUUCCGCCCCAAUGCUGACCAAAGGGACUCCGAAAGAAAUCCAGACAAAAUCGGAGAUGUUUGCGACAAUUGCGUAAACGUUUACAAUCCAGACCAAUCGGACAUUGAUAACGACGAUAUUGGAGACGCUUGCGAUCCCGACAUGGAUAAUGAUGGCAUUUUAAAUGAACGAGAUAACUGUCCAAGACACGCCAACAGGAAUCAGCUGGAUUCGGAUGGGGACGGGCUUGGAGAUGUGUGCGAUAAUUGCCCCAGCAGAUACAAUCCCGAGCAGGAAGAUGUGAAUGAAAAUUUGGUGGGAGAUGUAUGUGAAACCCGGAAUGAUAUAGAUCGGUAAGCUAGUAGGAAAUAGGAAGGCACUUCCUAAGGAAAUCGUAGGAACGACAUUAAAACAUCACUAAAACGCGUACAAACUUCGCUGGGGGUUGCCUGACUUGAGUAACUUUAAGCUCGUCUGGCCACCAAGCAAUAUUGGUGAUUUUCGCUGUAGUUUAGACCAAAUGUCGAUAGCUCUAAGCAAAGCUGCUAGGCAAACCUGCUAGGCAAACCGUUCAUUGUGUUUUGAACUGUACACUUAAAAGGUAAAAUAAUGCCAGAAUUAGCGAAACGUUGAUAAAACUCGGCAGCGAAAAUGGAUGAAAGGUAAAAAAGAUGAUCGAUUUCUAGCGAGAGCAGUUCGGAAAACGCAUCCUAAGGACGCGCGGUCCGCAGACUACACACUAUUACAUACACACAAACGGCCCACAGACUCCACACUAUUAUAUCAUAGAACAAGGCUUAUAUAGAAACGACUCUUGCUCUUGUAGAAAGUGUGUCGCUAAAGUGGCGCGCCCUGCUGACUGAGAAUUAAAGAAUUCAAACAAACCUGCAUUAUGAACCCACUAUACUUGCUUAUUUUUAAUUGUGUCGCAAGGGGCAGCUGAUAAUAGGGAUAAAUGACUCAACUACACAAAAAUAUAUAUGUUACUUGUUGUUUAUUGUUUAUGUAAAUACUUUUUACAGAUAAAAAAAAUCUUUGGAGCAUUUUUAGGAACAACUUUAAAACAUACGCCUUUUGUGAUAGGAAGCCGUGCAUUUUCUUCAAGACACCAAUAAACAGCUACCAUCUUCGCAGAUUAUUGACGAUUUAUGAAAACAGAUAAGGAAAAAGAUAAUCUGAAAAUAUGAAAAUAUCAUUAUUAAUUUUGAACAGAGGUUUCAGCGGUGAGCAACCCGAUGCUAUGAACUAGCUCUAAUGAGAAAAAUAUCCUGUUUUCCAUUUAUUUGUUUCUUGAUGAAAAUGCCACCUGAAUAAUAAGCUAAGUGAUUUCGACUUACCCAACAAAAUAUUCACAAAUUACGUAUUGGAGAACAUGGAGAAACGUAUCACAAUCCAGUAUGUGCAGGAAGCAUGAGGCACGAAAUCAUACAACUUAUCACAGAUUAUAUCGUCAGAAAUGAAUAAA